CCACGCGAGGCUCCUCAGUCAAGGCUGAACUUCCUCGCUCGCAUGCUGCAGCAGCUGUCACAGGUCGGGCAUGUGUGUAAGGCCGGCCGAAGCUUUGCUCCGCAGUAGCUGUGCCCACUAAGGUUAUAUAGACCUUGGUGCUCACUGCCGGUGCUGCAGGCGCCGGCGACCCGCUGGCUGGCUCCCGACCCUUUUCGGACAAGAAGCUAAGUUCGGAAAAGUACACACGAGAUGAGGUCAUGGCUCCUGGCGUUCCUGUGCCUCUCACGGACGUCAACAAAAACGGGGCCGGAGAUACGGGAGUACCUGUCCCUCCCGCACGACGUGGGCGCCACCAGGACACCCACUUCGGGCCCGAGAGCGGAUGUCGCCUGUGCAUCCGCUUGCAGCCACAGCGCCGAGUGUGUGGGCUUCGUAUGGGACGACGAGAAGCCAAUUCCCUGCACUCUGCUCUCGGCGCUGAAGGGGACGGUGGCGGAGGCGGACGGCCCUUGGGUCCGGGUCUAUCUCGCGACUCGCCUCAACGGUCUCCGCCUGGUCAGCCUCGGCAAACUGGUCUUCUGGGGCGAGGCCCGAGACGCCUGCCGAUCUGUCGGGGGGUCGCUGCCAGGGCCGGCGCACCUCUCGCCGUGGCUCCUGUCCUUCGCACGCAGGUUCUUCUUCGGCGUUCGGCAGGAGGGGGGCCUCUACUUCGACCAGGACAACGACCCGAUUGCAGUGAGCGACCUGACUUUCGCCGUGCAGAAGUCGGGGAAUGACUCCUUCUGCGCCAUCAUGACCAAGGGCGGCAUCGUCGAGAGGCGCUGUCGUCGCGCGCGAGGCAAAGCCAUCGCCAUCUGCGUCCUCCGCUGAGGACGCUGAAAGAGGCAAGGGAAGGUCGGACUCAAUCUGUGGGUGUG